CUCAGGGAGUGAGUCCGACCUCGACGUGAUGGAGGCUCGUGGGCCAGGGCAAGCGACGCCGUUUAUGCGCGAGAAGGCGCCGAUGGCACCCGGCAACGGGAUUCCGGGGGACGGAGGCAGCGUUCCCCCGUCGCCCCCUUCGGGAAGUGGCGACUUCGGCGGAGGCAGUGACAGCCCCACCGACAGCAGCAGCAGCAGCAGCAGCAGCAGCAGGAGCCCGAGCAGCAGCAGCAGUGACGCCGGCGGUGCCGGCGGCCCGGGCGGCGAAGAGUCCAGCGACCCAGGUGGGGACGGCGGUAGCGAUGGUGAUCCCGGCGACUCCGAGAACCUCGAGGAGUUGAAGUGUGAUCCAGCCAACGACCGCUACCCCCGCGGGCUAGAAGGGAAGAACGCUGGCCCGCUGCGCCAUGGGCUUGAGAGUGGCCGCACGCGGAGGCAGACCCGGGAGAUGCAAGGUGCCGGGGAGAUGCCGGGGCCCGGAGAAACACCGGACCGGGAAGAGGCGUUGCUGGCGACCAUCCUGGAAACUGGCGGGACGGGGAUUUUUGAGGACUACAUCUGCAACUCGCUUGUGAAGGAGCAGUGGGACGAGGAGCAGACACGCCAUAUGGAGAAGAUGUACAGGCGUGAGAUUCAGGAGGUGUUGGGCCCGGAACAGCAGGCGUUCGGGGCCGAGGUCGACGCCAGCGGGUCUUCGCAACCACUCCCAGACCCACAGCUAGGUAUGACCUCGCCAAUCGGGCAGAAGCCGAGUGAUGUGGAAGCAGUACCGAUGACGUACAAGGAUGUGAUGUGUUCCAAGUACAAGGUUUUCUGGGGGGUGGCCAUGAAGAAAGAGAUAGAUCGCCACGACAAGACUGGAACCUUUACCAAGGUCAAGGAGCUGCCCGAGGGGCGGAAGGCCAUAGGUUCAAAGUGGGUGUUCUCUUGGAAGACGAAUGAGAAGAACCUGAUUGUCGACUUCAAGGCCCGUAUGAUUGCGCGGGGUUUCUCUCGAAUCCCCGGCAUCGACUUCCACCACUCAUCCUCAGCGUGGCCGUCUGCAGCGUCUAUCAAGACGGUGAUUGCCAUAGCCACUGAAAAGGGCAAGAAAGUCGCUCACUGGGAUGUGAAGCAAGCGUACUUCCACGUGAGCUAAAAGAAGUAAUAUACCUCAGGUUCCCGGAAGGCUGUGGUAGCAUGUCCGGCAAGGUGGUCAAGGUUGAGCGUGCCCUGUAUGGCCUAAAGCAGAGUGGCCGUGAGUGGGGGUUUGAAGCUGCCGAUGCCCUCUUCGAGAAUGGAUACGAGCAGNGAAUGGAUACGAGCAGUGCAGGGUUGACCCGUGUGUCUUCCGGAAGGUGAUGGAUGAAGAGGUCGUAGGUCUUAUCGUGAUCUACGUUGAUGACAUCGUAGUGGCGGCAGACGAGGGAGAGCGAGAGGAGUUGUUCGCUUCCCUCAUCAAGAUGUUUCCGAUGAAAGAUCUGGGGGAGUGUACCCGGUACGACGGGUGUGCUAUCGCCAUGGAUGUAGAA